AUGACUGAGGCGGAGAUUGAGACUGGUGCCCAGACCAAAACUGAAAAGAAAGCUGGAGAGGAGGCAGGAGGUGGGGCUGAGGGAGAGAAUGAGGCCCCAAUGGUGGUCAGACCCAAGGUUCGGGCCCAAACCCAGAUGCCUGAUGCAAGGCCUAAAACUGAGCUCAAGUCUUUAUCUGGGGCAAGGCCUAAAAUUGAAUCCAAAGCUAUGGCUGGAGCAAGGCCCAAGACUGAAUUGAGAGCAUUCGGUAGGAGAAGGCCCAAAAGUGAGGCGGUGGUGGUGGGUGGGGCACCUCCUAAGACUGAGACCAAGAAUGAAACUCACUCCUGGCCCAAGUAUGUGUUUGAUGCUGAAGGAGUGUUGAAAACAGAACAAGUAUCCCAAAUCAGUGCCACAGCCUGGCCACUGGUCAACAUUGAGACUGGGUCUGUUGCUAAAGCUAAUAACUUAUUUAUGGAUAGGGACUUGGUCAGUUUGGAUGCUUUUUCCUUUGCUAGCACCAAGGUCAAGUCCCAGGCAGGAAGCCAGUGUUUAUUGAAGUCAGGGGAAGAGGCCAGUAUAGGAUCCUGGUGCUGUCACAGGCCUACAGGCAAACAAGAGCCCUUGCACAAUUGGAACUUUAAGUUGGCAGAUGGACCCUCUCUGAGUUCUUGGUUUUGGAAUGGAGAAGAAGGCAGUGCAAGCUUUUGUCCUCCAAGCAAGGUAAAUGUCAGUAUGAGGUCCAGGCACAAGGCAAAAAAAGGGGCCAUGUCUAGGCCCAAAACCAAGAGGGAGUUCUAUAUUGCGACUAGUUCUGGUUCUGAGGAUGAAUCUUUUAAGACAUCCUGCUUCUGGGCUGGAGAAAAGAACAAUACCUGGUCUAGGCCCAGAAGAGAAACCAAUAAUAUGUCCUUUCUUAGGUCCAAGAAAGACAUUUCUGAGUCCAGUUCUAUGUCUGAAUAUGAGGAGAAUAUGAAGUCCUGGAUCUGGGCUGAAGAGGAGUUUGAAUGCAGGUCUAAAUUCAGAGCCAGGGAAGGGGCCAAUAUCAGGGCCAGAGAGAGGGCCGAGAGAGAAGCUUCUACUGAUUUCAUGUCUGGGUACAAAGGUAUAGUGAAAAAAGGAUCCUGGCUCUGGCCUGUAGAAAAGGAUAAUACCCUGUCAAGGUGCAAGUCCAAAAAAGAGGCUAGGGCCAGAGAAAUUGCAGAGGAAGAGGUCAAAAUAAAAGCAAGAGCCAAGGCUAAGCGAGAAGCCAAAUCUGUGGAAGAAUUUUUCAUUGGGACCUGGUUCUGGUCUGCAGAAGAGUCUAGCACACUGGGUGGGGACAGUGUCGAGUCCAGUCCACAGGUGGAGAGAGAGUCUAUUGUUGGCACUUGGUUUUGGACUGAAGAAGGGGCUAGCAUGGUGACUGAGGCCGUCAGUAACUCCAAGUCAAGGACUGAGGAAGAACCUAUUGGGAAUUCCCUGCUAGGGAUGGAGAAGGAGACCAGUAUGGAAACUGGGGCUGAGGCUUCCUCUGAAUGUGUGCUAGCAACUAAUGAAGAAAAGGUUACUGAUGGUUCCUGCUUCUGGAUUGGUGAGGAAACCAACCCAGAGGCUGAGGAAGAGGCCAUUUUUGGCUCUUGGUUUUGGGUCAGUGAUGAAGUCAGUGUGAAAGCUGGUGAUGGGGCCAGCUGCAAAUCCAGACCAAGGUCGGAGGAAGAAGGCAGCACUGUUCCCUUGUUUUGGACUGGAGAAGAGGUCAGUAGAGAGGCUGAGGUUGGAGAAGAGGCCAGACCAGUAGCUGAAGAAGAGACAAUAUUUGGAUCCUGGUUUUGGGCUGGAAACCAGGCCCAGAUGGAUUCUGGGAGUGAAGUGAACAGUGAUACUAUUCUAGGGACUGAGGAGAAAGAGCCCAUUAUCGGGUCAUGGUUCUGGGCUGGGCUAGAAACUUGUGUGGAAACUGAAGUCAGCAACAAGUCUAACAUGGAGGAGAAGGAAGAGGUUAUUGUAUCAUCUCGGUUUGGGACCACAGAAGAGAUCAGCCUGAAGUAUGAGACUAGUGCCAAGUGCAAAUUUAUGGCAGGGGCAGAAAAGACCAGUGACUCUUGCUUCUGGGAAGAUCAUUCUGUCUAUCCUGCCAGUGGAGGCAUCAGGAAGACUAGGCUAGAGGAGAAACAGGACACUGCUGAUUCCUGGCUGUGUUCCAGACAAUACACAAGGCCAGACACCAUUAUAGGGCCCUGCUUGUGGGCUGCAGAAGAGAGCAGUAUAGAUGAUGGGACUGAAGAAGAAGAUAGGUCACUGACUGAGGAGGAAACCCUGAUUGCAUCCUGGUUCUGGAAAGGGGAUGAAGCCAUUAUAAACUCCACAUAUGGAGAAGAAUCCAGGCCAGAAGCUGUAGAGGAAUCCAGGCCAGAAGGUGAAGAAGAGGAUGUUAUUGCUUCUUGGUUCUGGGCUGGGGAAGAGAACGGGUUCAGGGCAGCAGCUGAGGCUAGAGAAGACAGGCUAGUAGCUAAGGAGGAAGCUGUCGCUGGGUCCUGUUUCUGGGCCAGGGAAGAGGCCAUUAGGAAGGAGACUGGCUUUUGUAGCAAAUCUAGUUCAGAAGAUGAAGAGAAGGAAGUCAUCAUUGGUUCCUGGUUUUGGGCUAAAGAUGAGGACAGUGUAGAUGCUGGGCCUCAUCCAGUAGAAAAUACCAGGUCAAGGACUGAAGAGACAGUGUAUGGAUUUUGGUUCUCGACUGUAGAGGAAGUCAGUAUAAAAGCAGACACAUGCUCUACAUCCAAGCCAGAGGAUGGAGAAGAGAUGAUUGUGGAGUCCUGGUUCUGGUCUGAAGACAAGGCCGUUAAAGAGGAUGGAACUGACACUAUCUGUGAGUCUAGAGCAGGAAAUGAAGGGGCAGUUGUUGGGUCUUGGUUUGGAGCUACUGAUCAGGCCCAUAAUAGGCCUGGCAGUGGAACCAAGUGUGAGUCCAAGACAGUAACUGAGGAGGAUGAAGCCAUGGUGGGGUCCUGGUUCUGGGCAGGAGAUGAUGCCCACUUUGAACCAAAUCCUAGCCCUGUGUUCCGGGCCAUUUGCAAGUCCAAGUGUUCAGCUGACCAGGAGCCUGAUGCUUCACGCAGGCCCCAGAGCUGGGAGGAGGUCACUAUUCAGUUCACGCCUGGUCCAUGGGGUAGAGUUGGCUUUCCAUCCCAAAACUGUUGUAGAUUUUCAAAAGAAGCAGCAUCUCUGUUCUCUGAAAUGUUUUGGGGAAAGCCCAAGAAUGUGGAACCUGCCCCAGAAGGGGAGGAACAGGAAUCUUUGCUUCCACCUGAUCAGCCUGACCCUGAGUUCCCCUUUCAGUAUGAUCCAGCCUAUCGGUCAGUCACAGAAAUUCGAGAGCACCUUAAGGCCAAGGAGAGUGCAGAGCCUGCAAAUUGGUCCUGCAGCUGCAUACAGUGUGAGCUUAGAAUUGAUUCUGCAGAGUUUGAAGAACUUCUUGUAUUAAUGGACAAAAUUCGCGAUCCUUUUAUUCAUGAAAUAUCUAAAAUUGCAAUGGGUAUGAGAGGUGCUUCUCAGUUUACCCGAGAUUUUAUUCGGGAUGCAGGUAUAGUUUCACUUAUUGAAACCUUGCUCAAUUAUCCCGCCUCUAGAGAGAGGACAAGUUUUUUGGAAAAUAUGAUUCACAUGGCUCUACCUUAUCCCAACCUAAACAUGAUUCAGACAUACAUAUGUCAAGUGUGUGAGGAAACCCUUACUUGUAGCUUAGAUUCCCCUGAGCAGCUGUCUGGAAUAAAGAUGGUUAGACACCUCACUACAGUUACUGACUAUCACACAUUGGUUGCCAAAUAUAUGUCUGGGUUUCUCUCCUUACUAGCCACAGGCAAUGCCAAAACAAGGUUUCAUGUUCUGAAAGUGCUACUGAACUUGUCUGAAAAUCCUGCCAUGAUCAAAGAACUACUCAGUGUUGAAGUAAUAUCAGAAUUCAUGGGUAUUUUUAAUAGGAAGGAGACAAAUGACAAUAUUAAAGUUGUUCUAGAAAUGUUUGACAAUAUUGGUAACAGUGUCAAAAAAGAGGAAGUGUUGUUUACUGAUGAUGAUUAUAGUUGGGAACCACUUAUUACUGCUUUCCAUGAAGUUGAGAAAUUUGCUAAAGAACUGCGAGGCAAAAUAGAUAAUCAGAAUGACCCCGAGGCACACCAAGAAAAGUAGCGUGCCUCUGAUUGUCCUGCUGCUCCGAGCUGGGAUCCUUGAAUAAUGUUUGAUUUCCAUAUUUGGUUCGUGUUGCCACAUAUAUCUUUAAUCCUGAUACUAACCUUGGCCAACUUGGUAUUACCAUCACCCAAAUCAUUCUUCUGAUGCCAAAUACUAAAACUGAGAACACAUGUUAAUAGUUGUCUUUUGCCCAUAUUGUGAUAUUUAGCAUUUAA